UAUCAUAAAACCUUCCACCUCCAAUCUCUUUCUUCCUCUAUAUAUGUGAUUACACACCCCCAUGGAUUCUUCUGUGUGACUUUCUGAAAGUGACUGACCCCAACUUCUCCUUCUCCUCCUUUCUCUCUCCCUUCGUACUUUUAAACCUCUUGAUUCUUUAUACGAACAAACAUCAAAUUAUAUACUCUUUCACAAACCCUGCAGACUUACUCAACUAAACCGAAUGAUCUCUCAAAAAAUGCCUUCAAAUCCUCCUAAAUCCUCUAUUUUACUCCAGAGAAUCAACAACACGGCCACCACCACCGCCACCACAGCUAACAGACUUUGCCAGAAAGGCUUCCAAAAGCGCUUUCCUUUAACGUCUGCCACCCCCGUGCCCGACACCAUCGCACGUUACCACGUCCACGCCGUGGGUCCCAACCAGUGCUGCUCCUCCGUCGUCCAGCUGAUCGCUGCUCCUGUCUCCACCGUCUGGUCAGUGGUUCGCCGCUUCGAUAACCCACAAGCUUACAAACACUUCGUCAAGAGCUGCCACGUCAUCAACGGCGACGGCGACGUCGGUACUCUACGUGAGGUGCACGUCAUCUCCGGACUCCCAGCCGCUAACAGCACCGAGCGUCUCGAGAUCCUAGACGACGAGCGCCACGUCAUCAGCUUCAGCGUGGUGGGCGGUGACCACAGACUCGCGAAUUACAAGUCCGUUACAACGCUCCAUCCUUCACCUGCCGGUAACGGAACGGUGGUGAUCGAGUCGUACGUGGUGGACGUGCCACCGGGCAACACAAAAGAAGACACCUGCGUGUUCGUGGACACCAUUGUACGUUGCAAUCUCCAGUCACUCGCUCAGAUCGCCGACAAUCUAGCGAGACGCAACCUCAAC